AUGAAGCCCUCGCGGUUCCCGUGUCUGGUGUUCCUCUGCAUGCUGCUCCUGUCUGCCCUGGGAGGGAGGAAGAACAAGUAUUAUCCCGGAGAGCUGUUACUCGAGGAGUGCUGGGGACAGCCCAAAGCCAAUGACUGCAUCAAGAAGUGUUCUAGAACUUUCAAAUGUGUAUACAGAAAUCACACAUGCUGCUGGACCUACUGUGGUAACAUCUGUGCAGAGAAUGGGAAAUUCUUUGAAAGAAAGAAAUGA